AUGAAGUCUCUUUUGCGGGUAGACGGUCUCAAACGUCCAUACUCCCGCAAGCGAGAAGAGGUAAAGAAAACCAACAAAUCAGCCAGAGACGCUGAAAACGUUGCUCUAUACUCUUGUACAGUAAAUGAACUUGAGACUAAAGCCACAGUAAUGGCGCAGGCGUCGAAGAUUGAGCAGCUCGAGAAGGACCUGGAGGCGUUUAAGCAGAAAGCCAGAGAUGCUGAGACGGAUCUCAAAAAAGCUCAAGAGGAGCUUGGCAAGGCUAAGGCGGAGCUGGACUCUCUCAAAGGGAUCUCCCAAGAGAACACUGACCUCAAGGCCAAGGUUAAAGAUCUGGAGGAGGCGGCUGCCCAGGCGCAGCUGAACUUUAAGGCAACCCUGGAGGCGGAACAAGAGGGCCUGGUUGCCGAGAGAGAGGCUGACAACAAUGCCCGAAUGAAGAUUGCCUGGAACACCUUGUAUCCAAACAAGGAGUACGCCGUCUGGGCACUAGCUCACAAAUAUGCUGAAGAGGUAAUAUUCUUGAGGGAGAAAGGCAAGCCAGAGCCGGAGUCGUUUGAAGCCUGGGCUAAUGCUGGGUUGUCGGAACCUGGGCACCCCGUCCGAAGUCAAGCGCAUGAGAUUCCUUCUAACAAAGAAGAUGAAGGGGGCAAUGACCUGGUGGACCUGUCUACAGCUCAGCAAUGA